AUGUCAAAGAAACGUGGAGUUAGUGCCGAGGAGAAGAGAGUCAGGAUGUUGGAGAUAUUUCAUCACAGCAAGGACUUCUUUCAGUUAAAAGAAUUAGAAAAGAUAGCUCCAAAAGAGAAAGGCAUCACAGUGCAGUCCGUCAAAGAAGUUGUGCAAAGUCUGGUGGACGAUCACCUUGUUGAUUCAGAGAAAAUUGGGACAUCUAUAUACUACUGGUCUUUUCCUAGCAAAGCUAAAAAUACACAGAAAAGGAAAGUUAAUGAUUUACAAAAUGAAGUUGAAGAAUGUUCAAGGAAACUGAAAAAAGUUGAAGAUGCCAUAGCAAAUGAGUCUAUUGGCAGGGAGCCAUCUGACGAAAGAACCCAGGUGUUAUCUAUGUUAGAAAAGCUAGAAAAAGAAGAAGAAAACCUUAAGAAAGAACUGCAGAGGUAUCGGGAUUUCGAUCCUGAAUACAUUGCCCAGUUGAAAACUGAGACUCGGGAUUUAAGAACAGCUUCAAAUAGAUGGACAGAGAACAUCUAUACACUGAAGUCUUACAUUAAAAAUACAUUUCAAAUGGAAAACGACAUUGUUGACCAAAAUUUCAACAUACCAGCCGACUUAGAUUACAUCGAAAAUUAAAAACAAAACAAAACAAGAUGCAACCUAACCUAACAUGAUUUUUGUUUGUUGUUCUAUUAAAUUAAAUACAUAAUAUGUCUGUCGUUUAUUCAACAUGAUUAAGUGGCUGAAUAAAUGGCCAUUAUUUAACGUUGUUUCAUUUUAUUAGAAAAAAAAAUUACUUGU